AACGCAACCACCCUCGCUUCAGUGUUGGGCCAGCUCUAGCCAACACUCAUCCAACCGUCUCUAAAAAUUUCAAAAACAUACGGCCAUAAAAAAAAAAAAAACGUAAAUAUCAACAAAAAUGGAUAAGGUAGAGACGGUCACUGUGCCGCAAGUAGAUGCGUACAGGAAACUUUUGAAUAAGGUCAUUUCGCAGCUGCUGGUGGACAAAGGAGCCGGGCAGGCCAGUCAACAGUGCUUGGAGACGCUCACCCAGAUGCUCCAAGCGCUCAUUCUGGAGAUUGGCAACUCGGCGCACAACUUUUGUGAGCUAAGUGGACGCACCAUGCCCACUGUGGGUGAUGUUAGCCUGGCUCUGAUAAAUAUGGGCAUUUCCAUUAGCAGCCUGGACCCCUAUAUGCGAAAUGAAAAGCACGCACCUAUUCCCCUACCGCCCCAACAGACGCAACAGCGACAACUAAGUCUCCUCCAGGCCGGUACUAAAUCCGCGCACCCCCAUUACGUACCCAGCUACUUUCCACCCAUGCCGGACCCUCACGCCUAUAUACGGACGCCCACGCACAAGCAACCGGUGACAGAGUACGAGGCCAUUCGGGAAAAGGCCGCCUGUCAAAAAAGGGAUAUCGAAAAAGCCCUAACGAAAUUCCUCUGUAAAACGUCAGAAACAAAUAACCUGUUUCCCACCGAAGACAACAUGUUUCCGCUAAUUGCAUGUAAGCCCGCUUUUCCGCCCUAUGCUGCCGCCUUGAACCCCACUGAUCAGGUCUUUGAUUUUGAGGAGCUGGAAUAUCAUUACCUGGUUGCCAAUCGAACAGAAGAUGUGCCCAGCAAAGAAGACGGCGAGGAGGGUGACAGCGAAAACGAAGAUCACGACGGAGAUAAGUCCAAGGAAGACAAGAACGAAAUAGAAAUCAAGCCGAACUCUACUACCAAUAAAGCAAUCUUAGAAAAUCCGAACAUAGACAAUCCUUAUUUGCGUGCCGCAACUCUGCCGAAGCGUUCCAAGCCAAUAGGAGCACCUCCGAGUAGAAGUCAUUUGCCGAAAACCACCACUCCGUCUACCUUGGAAAUAACCAAGAGUAGCUUAUAAACGUGGAAUAUAUGCACAAUUGUAUAUACAUUUGAAUGUUUGCACUUUUUUAAGAUAAAAGUAAUUUGUGUGAAGUCAUCAUUGUGCUCGUACACUAGCAUUUUUAAGCAAAAACUUAAUAAAAAUAAAUUGUGAAUUGCAUGUAUCCGGAGAACGAAAA